ACGCUAGGCUGGGCGGGGCCUGGUUGGUGACGCGUGCGGUGCGCGCCCGCAGCUCGAGCCGCUGUCCUCCUGCUGGGCCGGGCCGGGCCUGCUUUACUUUGCUCGGAUCCCGCCGCUGCCGCUCCUCCUGAUGUCGGCCCCAAGGCCCGGGCGCCGGGGCCGGGUUCGCCUGGUUUACCGCUCCCUACAGAGCGCUCAGGAUUACCUGGACCGGGAGGAUUUCGGCACCGCCUUCGCCCAUUACCUGCUCCUGCUGAACGUGGCGCCGGAGCUGAAGGACAUCAUCAGAGAAUCGUUCCAACACACACUCUUUAAAUGGGCAGAAGAACUUAAUUCUUUAAGUCGGAUUCAGGAUAUAUUUGACUGCUAUGAACAGGCCUUGGAGCUCUACCCAAAUAAUGAAGUAAUAUGGAACAGUAUGGGAGAACAUUUAUUUAGUUUGGGGUUCCGAGAUGAAGCUGCCGGCUAUUUCCACAAGUCUAUUAAGCUCAAUCCUGACUACGCUGAGGCAAGGGAAAAUUUCUAUCGUGUGGCCAACUGGCUAGUGGAACGCUGGCAUUUUUUAAUGCUGAAUGAUAAGAAGAGGAAUGUCGCCUAUCAGAGAGCAAUCCAAAAAACAGUGCAGUCUGGUUGUAUGUCUGUUCUUGAUAUUGGAACAGGAACUGGUAUUCUCAGUAUGUUUGCAAGGAAAGCUGGAGCUUCUCAUGUGUAUGCUUGUGAGCUGUCCAAGACCAUGUAUGAACUUGCCUGUGAAGUGAUAGCUUCCAACCAAAUGGCAGGACAAAUCCAGGUUCUGCACAUGAAAUCAUUAGACAUGGAAGUACCUAAAGAUCUCCCCAGCAGGGUGUCGCUUGUUGUCACAGAGACUGUAGACGCUGGGCUAUUCGGUGAAGGAAUUGUAGAGAGCUUAAUACAUGCAUGGCAACAUCUUCUUCUCCCACCAAAGCCAACAAGUCAAGAAGGUCCCAGUGAAGGAUUUGGCCGUGUCAUCCCAUUGCGUGCUGUUGUGUUUGGCAUGGCAGUGGAUUGUCAAGAAAUCAGGAGACAUCACAGGGUUUGCUUGAAUGAGGCUGGUGGAUUGCACUUGAAUGAAACAAUAACAUGGUACAGCCCUGUUAGCAAUGAAUCCUGUGUUGAUGAUACAUCUGAACCAUACACCACUGAGAGGAUGAGGCAGGUUCCAGGUGGAUACACGCCAUUGACUGACCAUUUUCAGGCUUUGACCAUAGAUUUCAAUAAUCCACAGGAAUUAGAGGAAUUGUCCACCAGGAAACCUUGUCGACUUUGUCUGCCAGUCGUUAAGGAGGGUGUGCUGGAUGCUAUUGUAGCCUGGUUUGUCCUGCAGUUAGAUGAAGAUAUAAGUCUCUCCACUGGCCCUGAUGAAGAAACCUGCUGGGAGCAGGCAGUGUAUCCUGUACAGGGUGGGCUUGGCCAGUUUGUUAAACCUGGUAAUACUCUAAUCGUUGAUGUUUCCUGCAAUAACGCCUACCUGGUUUUUCACACUGUUGCCAUAUUAAGCCAUGAACUCAGGAUGGAAAUUGAAGUGAAUACCAUGAGUGGUCAGAAUAGCAGUCUUGCAAGUGAAGCUGAACUUUGUGAUGCUUUGGCCAACCUUCAGACCACAAGUAAAUCGAAAACAAACCUUCUAAAAUGUAUGCUUGAAUCUUCUGAAAUAGCUCGUCUCAAUAACACACAAUACAACGAGCGUUUCAAGUCUGCCUUGGACAAUAUAUUGUCUUCAUUAACAUCAAUGGACGAUGGAGUCUGUUUCUCACAGACAAUAGAUGACAGGAGUGCAGAUAUGAAUUGUGAAAAUUCUAAUGGUCAAAGCUCUUCAGAUCUAACCUCUGACAUAUUGUGUGUGUUGGAUGUUUCGGAAGGUUUCUCCAUUUUGCCUUUGGUUGCUGCCAAGUUAAGAACUGUUAAAGUUUUCAGUUCCUUAGAAAAAGUUCAGCAACAGGCUGCAUUAUGUGCUCUAGCAGAAUCUAAUGACAUUUCAAAAGAUCUGUUGGAGUUUUGGCAUAAUUACCUGGAGGAUGACUCUACACUAUUACAACGACCUCAGUCGGGCAAGUUGUGGAGUGUGAUUAUUCUCGAUGCUAUCGAGGUAUGUGGACUCAUCCGACAAGGUUUGGUGGAGAAAGCAACUCUGGCUAGGUGUCUGCUUCGACCAGAGGGAAGGUUACUGCCUCAGUGCAUAAAAAUAUAUGGAAUGCUCAUUGAAUCUGAGACAUUACAGCGAGAAAGUGCUGUCCAAGGAAAAGAAGCCACACUGGGGUUCAAUAUUGCACCUUUCAUCAACCAAUUCAAGGUGCCUGUCCACGUGUUCUUGCAUUUAUCCACACUGCCUCAUAUCCGAUUAAGUGAGCCAGUGGAACUAUUAAAGCUGGAUCUGAUGAGCCUGAUCACUGAUGAAUUGUGUAGUGAAAUCAGGGUUCAAGUACAUUCAUCUGGAAGAGUAACAGCAGUUCCAUUUUGGUAUGAAAUUUAUCUGGACACGGAUGUCAGUCUCAAUACUUGGAACGAUACUUCCCAUUGGAAGCAAGCUGCCUUUGUUUUGGAUAAUCCAAUCCAAGUUAUUUCAGGAGAUGAACUUAGACUGAAAAUUCAGUAUCACAAAAGUAGUAUCUCAAUGAUUGUAAAUCACGGAUAGUUAAUUUUAUACUCAGUUUGUCAUACCAGACUCAAAAUGUUCAGUGUUUCUGUCACCAUGGAUGUUGCCCGACCUGCUGAGUUUCUCCAACAUAACUCUUUGUUUCAGAUUUCUAGCUUUGUGUUUUCCCUUUAUUAUUAUUUUAAAGUUGGGCUCAUUUUAAAAAAAAAAUGUAAAUUGAAUGGAGCUCUAUUUUAGUGCAUAAGUUAUUGAGUAUCAACGAUUUGUCAAGUUGAAUGGGGAAAAAAUACCAAUACAAAACACAAAUUCUUCCAAUGUUGUAUAUCUGAAAUUAAAUUAAAUUGCAUAGAAAUGCUCAGCAAGCCUGAAUACGUGCAUGGAGCAAGAACAUUUCAGGUCCAUGAUCUCAUCAGAGGUCAUGAAAGGCAAUUGCCUGAAAUGUUAAACAAGAUACUUAAAUAAAACUUUUCUAUCCACUGCUAAAAGAAACACACCGCAAGAAGAAGAAAGAUAUUAGAAUGCUAUCCUGUAAUACUUAGUGCUGCACUUACAAUGAUUGAUUAUUGUUAAAGGCAAAAGUGGCACUUAAUUUAAAUGACCAGUAACCAGAAGAUGAAAUUAAGUGCCAGUUUAGUCUUUUUGAUGAGGACAAAGUGGUGGCCUAGAUAUCAAAGAAUUCCCUGCACGUCUUCAAAUAAUGCCAGAGAAUCUUCAAAGUCCACUAAUUUCAUCAGAACAAAACUCACAUUUGGACAAACUGCACUUUCAAUAAUGCAAUACAUGUUUGUGAAUCCCUGCAUAUACUGGCCAUGUGUGGAAUAUCAUCUUGUAUAUUUGUACAAGCAUGCUUCUGUGCUUCUUUAUUGUCAUCACAUUUUCUGUGAUUUUAUCAUGUGAUACUAAUUU